AUGCCUGCCACCAUAGUAGCUCGCCCUGAUCUUAAGCACGAUUGCAGUUCUUUCAAUCCAAAUUUCCCUAGCCAUUACAAGUGCUAUGAAACUAGAAGUUUCACUAAUGCACAGGCGACACGCAGUACCAGCAAUGCUGCCAGCAGCCUGAGAACCCCCAGCGAAAAUCAAUACAAGCCAAAGCUCCUGAAACAUAGGCCAGUGUCCCCGGGAUUGCUGCUGGGAAACAGAACUACAGAACCCCGAUCCAUCAAAACAUGCCUGCCUGUGGAGCAGGAGACACAAGAUAACAAAUCAGUUGAUUGUGAAGAGGGUACAAGCGAUGUUGCCACUACCGCAGCAGAUUCGUUGUAUGAUCAUGAUAUCCAGAAGUCCUACCACUCUGAACACUUUACUCCAAUAUUUAACUGGACUGGCUCCGGUAAAUACCUACAUGUCCUGCAUGAAGCUUUUCACGAUGAUCUGAAGGAUUCGUUCACAUCCGCUAUCAAAGAUCUUCCUUACAAUCGCAGGAUCAUUCGUCCUCAAGUUCACAUGAACUACAAACUCCGGCUCAAGAGCAAAUCAGUCACGCCAGAUAUGGUCAUCUCACUAACCGCCACGCAGGGGCCCACACAAAAACUGCUUAUUCCCUACGUAGGAGAAACGGCAUUGACAGAGCAAUGGGAUCAUGUAUUCAAGAAAAUGGAAUCAAUGAUCGUCGCACAUCCAGAGAUCAUCUUGGCUUCGAUCGUAUUGGUACGCGAAGCCAAACACUACACCUCCCCUCAACAAGAUUCCAUCGCGACGGAUAUGUUACACAACCAUUGCAAUGGCGAAGAGAAGCCUGACCCCUUGUCUCUCAAAGAAUUUAUCACUCAACGUUCAACACUACGGAACUUCGAGGAACCCAUACAAGUCAGUGAUCACACAUGGUGUCACGUCGAGUCUGUGGAGUAUUUUGUUUGGAUUAAAGGAGAUAAGGAUAGGGCGAUUGACAUGCAUAACGGCAAGCCAGAGGACAGAGCAUACGGCGUCUUACUGCCCAAGCUGCACAUGGACGACGUCACAAAGAUAUUCGACCGAGGAAUGUCGCAGAUGAGAGACCUCUUCCUCUCGUUCCAGAAAGACCUUGACCCUAAAGGCGCCAAGCGCAUGCAUGAUUCAUCUUAUGAGCCUUCGGAAUCGGAGUACGAUGGCAGUAGCUCCGAGUCUGGGGAAGCUCACUCAUCAAAGCCUAGUGCAAGCACCCCCAAUGUCCCCCCCCAUCUUACGUUCAGAACCUUCACGGUUGGUCAUAGUAACUCCGACUCUACACCCGUGGCGCAUGUCCCCAGCAACUCCCAGCAACUCGAUGGCUCCCACCUGCGACGAGCCAGCCUGAAUCCUCGAAGGUCAGAUUGA